CUCCUUGAGCAAAAUCAAAAGCAGGAGGCUGUACAGAGGAGAAACAGGAUACUGUCUACUCUGAGGUAGCUCUCCUGACGUGUCUGUUAGAGCAUUUCUAACAGUUUGAACAGCAUAGCCAAAGAUCUCUUCUAACAGCUCUCCUCCCCAGUACCUGCUGUGCUGCCUUGCUUCCCCCUUCUUAUCUGUUAGUGGGGUUUUGGGAGGGUUGAGAGAGGGAGGUUGGAGAGGUACAUCAUUCCUGGAAGAGAGGAGAGAAACACCCAAGAUGACUUCGGACCCCACAGCCAAGUGGAACACGAGCAGCAGGUGGAAUGUGAGCAUUGCUGAAGCAGGUGAUCCCUGGGGAAAGGCUCUGGAAGCAACAGCUGUAAAUGCUUCUGCCCCUGUAGCCUCCUCAGCAGGCAACUUCUCCAAUCAGUUCGUACAACCUUCUUGGCGCAUUGCCCUGUGGUCUCUGGCUUAUGGUGGUGUGGUGGCAGUGGCCGUUUUUGGAAAUCUUAUUGUCAUCUGGAUUAUCCUGGCUCACAAGCGCAUGAGGACGGUGACAAAUUACUUCCUGGUGAAUCUGGCCUUCUCUGAUGCCUCCAUGGCUGCUUUCAAUACUCUAAUCAACUUCAUCUAUGCACUGCACAGCGAGUGGUACUUUGGAGAGGCUUACUGCCGCUUCCACAACUUCUUCCCAAUCACAGCUGUCUUCGCCAGCAUCUACUCCAUGACAGCAAUCGCUGUGGACAGAUAUAUGGCCAUUAUUGAUCCCUUGAAACCUAGGCUCUCUGCAACUGCUACCAAGGUGGUCAUUGGGAGCAUAUGGAUUUUGGCAUUCCUAUUGGCCUUUCCCCAGUGCCUAUACUCCAUAACCAAGGUGAUGCCUGGGAGAACACUUUGCUAUGUAGCAUGGCCAGGUGGCCCAAAACAGCAUUUUACGUAUCAUGUUAUUGUGAUUGUGCUGGUCUACUGCUUUCCACUGCUUGUCAUGGGCAUCACUUAUUCCAUGGUGGGAAUUACCCUCUGGGGAGGAGAAAUACCAGGUGACACAUCCAACAAAUACCAUGAGCAGCUCAAAGCUAAGAGAAAGGUGGUAAAAAUGAUGAUUGUGGUUGUGCUGACAUUUGCCGUCUGCUGGCUGCCCUACCACAUUUACUUCAUAGUUACUGGGAUUUAUCAACAAUUAAAUCGGUGGAAAUAUAUUCAGCAAAUCUAUUUAGCCAGUUUCUGGCUUGCCAUGAGUUCUACAAUGUACAAUCCCAUUAUCUACUGCUGUCUUAAUAAGAGGUUCCGAGCUGGCUUCAAGCGAGCCUUCCGCUGGUGCCCUUUCAUUGAGGUGUCCAGCUACGAUGAGCUGGAGCUAAAGGCAGCCAGGUUCCACCCCACCCGGCAAAGCAGCCUCUAUGCUGUGUCCAGGAUGGACUCCAGCAUGACAGUGGUGUUUGACACUAAUGAUGGGGACAGCAUGCACACCAGCCAUAAGAAAAGAGCAGCUCCAAGGGACAUGAACAUCAAUGGUUGUUCACAAAGGAAUUCCAAGACAGUCUCCACGGCCUCAAGCCUCAUCAGUUCACUGCACACAUCAGCAGAUGUUUAUUCUUAA